UAUCUUUUUGAAGACUAGGCAGCAUGGUCUCCGACCUUAGCCUGUUCCAAACGGAACAAACGUACUAAAAAAAAAAAAAAAAAUAUUAUUAUAAUAAAAAUAUCACUUAUAUAAAUAUAAUUGACCUUGUAAAUAUGGAUCGAAUAAGUAAAUUAGAAAAAGAAAUUAUAGAUCUUCGCAGAGUACUAAGCAAUAAAGAGAAAGAAUUGUAUGAAAUAAAAAAAGAAUAUACACAGCAACAAGCAAACAUACAGAUAGAGCUUGAAACCCAAUAUACACCCUACAACAAUGCUGUAAAGACACAAUAUGGAGAUAAUCUACCUAAAUGGGCUGUAGAGAGGUACAGUCGUCAGAUUCUAUUGCCGGACAUUGGUGUAGCUGGACAGGCGAGACUGUGCAGCGCGAAGGUGCUGGUGGUGGGAGCUGGUGGCCUGGGCUGUCCUGCUGCCAUGUACCUCGCGGGCGCUGGCAUUGGUGAGAUUGGCAUAGUGGACUAUGAUGCAGUGGAGCUUACUAACAUACAUCGCCAGAUCUUGCACAGAGAAGGUGAUCAGCAUAUGAGCAAGGCUGAAUCAGCUGCACAGACCUUGAGAAGCAUCAACUCAAGGAUCACCAUAACUCCAUACAAUGUUCAGUUGGCGAGUAGCAACGCUAUGGACAUAGCGUCCCGGUACGACGUAGUCCUGGACUGCACCGACAAUGUACCCUCGAGGUAUUUGCUCAACGACCUCUGCGUUAUGUCCAAGAAACCACUAAUAUCGGGCAGCGCAUUAAAGAUGGAAGGCCAACUCACUGUCUAUGGAUAUCGAUCAGAGAAGAAUACAAAUGAAAAGGAUGCACCAUACAUAGGUCCGUGUUACCGCUGCGUGUUCCCCUCCCCCCCACCACCGGAGGCGGUCGGCAGCUGCUCGGCCAACGGGGUCGCGGGACCAGUGCCCGGGCUCAUAGGCUGCCUCCAAGCGUUGGAAGCGAUAAAGUAUAUAGUGGGACAUACACACGGACAACUGCUGGUGGAGAGGAUGCUGCUAUUUGACGGUGAAGACAGCAGCUUCAGAACUGUUAAACUUCGAGCCCGUAACCCGCAAUGUGCUGUGUGUUCAGAGAAUGCUACCAUAUCACAACUGGUGGACUACGAAGCAUUCUGCAAGGCGCAGGCUAAAGAGAAGAAAAAACAAGAGGCUCGCCUCAAAUCGGAGCGACGGAAACAAGAGAAAGAGAAGAGGAUGACGGGACAGAGUUACUAUGGAUUUCGAGUUACGAAAUUCGCAGAUACCAAGAAGUGGAUACAAGAUGUACCCAAAUCUGAAAGGCGAAUAGGUCCCGCGUGCACCUCAGAGUUCUGUGCCAAAGGUACAGCCAGAUUCUGCUCACAUUUCACAGAAGAUCAGAGACAGGAGAUCUUCAGCUACUUCUGGAACUCUCUAGACUGGAAAGGGAAGAAGAAUUACGUUAGAGGACUAGUCGACAGUGUACCACCAAAACGGAGAAGAUUAAAACACAAAGGAGAAGUAUCCAGAAAAGGAGAUUCUAAACUCUACCACUUGUACAAUAAGGACGAAAGACAGCCUGUUUGUAGACUGAUGUUUUUGAACACAUUAGGUAUUAAAGAAGCCAUGGUCAGGUGUUGGCUAAUAAAAGAAGACAAACCCAAAUCGCCAAAGAAACCAGUUAAAUCGUUAAAUGUAGAUUCCUAUAUAGACAACUUGCCCAAAGAGCCAACAAAGUGUCAAUACUGUCUAAACUCAGGUUGUAACAUAAUGUAUGUAUGUUUAGAUGUUAAAAGUCAACAUCAAUUGUAUAAUAAAUAUACUAAAGACAUGAAAGCGAAAAACAUAGCUCCAGCGUCGAGGAAAACGUUUUCAAAAGUGGUACUCAAAAAAAACGUUAGAAUAUUCAAGCCCAAAAAUGAUACAGACGUCUGUGAUCUUGUAGCCCAACAUAAUGUUUUACCAAGCUUGGGAUAUCAGAAUUUACAAAAGAACGAAUUGGAAAAUCAAAAUGUUAGUAUUAAUUAUUAUUAUAAUGCCCAGUGGUGAAUUAUAUGGUAUGUCGAAAAGACUUGGUACAGAAUUGAUUUUUUGGUCAAUGUUGUAGUGCUUCUGGCGCACACAAUGGCUGUGCUUCUAUAGAUGUGGUUUCAUUUGAAGAGUGAGCUAUGACAGAGAAAUUACUGAAUAUAGAGACAGCACUUUAGCCUUUAAUAGUGAUAAUGCAUAAGAGGUGCCGAGAUAUUGCAUUUAUCUAUUCUUUAUUGAUCACGUUUCAGAAAUAUGUUUGGUACAAAAGGUUGAUUUAAUAUUGUCAUCAUCAUUAUCAGCUUAUAACUGUCCGAUGCUGAUCACAAGUCUCCCCUUUGGGGGGUUUUCCCAGUAGUUUUGCCACGCUUAGCAGGUGAAUUGGCAAACACAGCUAGACUUUAGAGAUGUUUUAAGAAAGACGCUAUUGCCCAACCCUCCCCCUCGUCGUAAUCCUCGUCUUAAUCGUCGGUGUCAUAACCGACGGAAAAGGAACGGUUGGCUUAUUCUAUGUUGGAACCAUAAAGUUUUCUAGUAUUAUAUUCCCAGUCAACCUUUGAAAAAAACUGAAAUAUAAAUAUGUAUUGAAAAAUAUUGAAAAUUUGCUGUGUUUAAAUGUACAUUUUAUUGUAUAAUGUCUAUGGUUCUGUUCAUGCCCAUUCAUUGUUUGGCCAUCAGUUUUUUUGGCAUUCCAAGUAGUAUAGAAAAUUUGAUUUGAGAGCUUAAUUGAGAGAUUUACUUGUUGACGCCUAAAUAUCGUCCACUGAAUUAAUAUUUCUUGGAUUGUUAAUUAAGCUGAUGAAUUAUGACCUUUACGAAUUAAUUGUACAAUUAUUGGCAUGUAAUAAUUCGACUUGAAAAAGAGGUAGGUUCUCAAAUUUUGUGAAAUUUUUGUAAAUUUUAAAUUAUAUAAAUUUAAAAGUGGACCCAAUAUUGAUCCUUGCGUUACACCCAUCGUAAUAAGCUCCAGUUUAUUGCAAACUGUUGUGCGAUUUGUUUUACCGUUGAAUACAAAUUAAAUGAAAUUACACGCUGUCACCGUCUACUACUGAGCGGCAAUUGUUGCUGCACAAAAAGUGGUGGUACCUCAAGGACCAAUUUUAAGUCCACUUUUGUUUUAUAUUUUCAAAUUAAUUUUUGCCUUAUUAACUCGACAUAUUUAUUACGUAGUAUUAGUCAUUAAUAUAUAACUUGUAACAAAUAAAUAAUAAUAAAUAUAGCAAUAUAAUUGUGCCUUUGUUUAUUUAAGCAAUUUUUUCAUUAUGUCAGAUGUCGAGCCUCUGUAAAUAUUUCAAAUGUUUUGUGUUUCUUACAUUAGUAGGCAAUUGGCCUUCAGUUUGUGUAUACAAGUGUGUGCGUGCCUACAACUUUGUAAUUCGACUGUUACAGUAAUUUAAGUAAAUUAUGAAAAAUAAAUUAUUAUUUUUUAUUAAA